UUUCGCCAGUCACGUGACGAAAAGAGGACACUUGGCUCAGAUCAGCACCAACCAUGAUGGAUGCGUCGGAUAGCGCAGACAUGCUGGAAGAUGAAAAAACGCGGACUCAGUCGGUGGAUUUGAACACAGACACAUCCCUGGUGGUGGAUAUUUCAGACGCACUAAGUGAAAGAGAGCGUGUUAAGUUUACAGUUCAUACGAAGACCACGCUGCCUGUUUUCAAGGAGAGUGACUUUUCCGUGGUCAGGGAACACGAAGAGUUUGUUUGGUUACAUGACCGAUACGUCGAAAAUGAGGAAUAUGCGGGAAUCAUUAUUCCCCCAGCUCCUCCCAAACCAGAUUUUGAUGUUUCUCGUGAAAAGCUGCAGAAACUUGGAGAAGGUGAAAAUACUAUGACAAAGGAGGAGUUUCAAAAAAUGAAACAAGAACUUGAAGCAGAGUAUCUUGCCACUUUCAAGAAAACUGUAGCCAUGCACGAAGUAUUCCUGACUCGCUUAGCUGCUCAUCCUACUCUGAGAAAAGACAGCAACUUUAAUGUGUUUCUGGAAUUUAAAGGAGAGCUAAAUGUAAGAGGCAAAAACAAAAAGGAAAAACUUGGAGGACUCUUCAAAGGUCUGGCCAAAGGCGUUGAUGAAGUACUUUUGUCAUCACAAAAGGAUGUAGAUGAGUUUUUUGAGGGUGAGAAGAAAUUUUUAGUGGAAUAUAACAUGAAGUGUCUGAAUACUUUGAAAAAGCUCGCAAGUUGGAAGGCCGUGUUGCUUCUGACCAAGAUCUUAAAACAUCUGACUUGCUCAGAUAUUACGUGCGAGACACAGACGCUGCCAAGAACUUGCUCUACCGCAGGGCAAGAUGUUUAGCUGAUUAUGAAAAUGCUAACAAAGCCUUGGACAAAGCGAGGGUGAAGGGUAAAGAAAUUGCUGCUGCUGAAACUGCCCAACAAACUGCAAGUGAAAAAUUUGAACACAUUUCAGAAGUAGCCAAGCAAGAACUGACAGACUUCAAGACAAGAAGGGUUCAACAAUUCAGAAAGAAUAUGACUGAACGAGCAGAACUGGAACUCAAACAUGCUAAGGCCCAUAUGAAUCUCCUGAAGACAACAUUAGCACAACUAAAGGAAUUGUAGUCAAGUGCAGUCCAACGUCGAGAUAAUUCUAGGAACACUGUGAUAAUUUCUUUUUGUACUGAUAUAGAUUUGUGUCAAACUUCAAUUAGGCUCUUCCUUUCUUUUAGACUGAGAAGUAUAGUUUUGAACAAGUAGCAAACGUCCAAGAUAAAUGUAAUUUUAAAAGUUGAGUAAUAGUCAAUGAAUAUGUUAAAGUUUCCCUCAGUUUUAUUAAUUUCCUGUUCAUUUCUUGAACUGUUGCAGUUAAGGGCCCUGUCAUAUAAUACAGCGGUCAAACAUCGGGCAUGCGCGAAGGGAUCAUUUCUUGCCGCUUCAAUUUCCGCACCAAUUUCCCGCACAAAAUUUUCUAAAGAAAACAAACAGCUGCUUUCUCGAAAAUUAAGUGGAAGAAAAUUGAAGUGUUCAUAGAAAUCUGUAAAAGGAAUCAAAAGUAGGGAAAAAAAACUCGAGACUUCACGAACACAAAGCUUAUUCAAGUUCGGGUAUCCUGUUAAUUUUACCAUUCUUUUUUUUAGCUUUACCAAAAAAGUUACGCUUUUAAAACACCGUGGCUUACUGGCUUGUGUGGUUAUUUGUAAUUCGUGUGAGAGAACAUAGUUUUGACAGCCUGACAGCACGCCGCCUAGUCAUUACAACGUUCGCACAGUGCAGACGUGUGACCGCUGUGUUCUCUCAUAUACACCCUCUCACAAGGCUGGUUAGUGACACAAACUUUGUCCAUUUGGGGAAUUUUAUCCCGGUGGCCGAAAAAAGGGUAAUUCUUUCCAACCCAUCUUGCCAUACUUAGUUCGUCAAGUUGAACCUUUUUUUCCCUUUUGGUUCACGCGCUUUUUAAGGAAAGAGAAAUUGAAUGACUUGCAGGCUAGGGAGAUUUUAUCUUAGCUAUCAAAACUGCUAGCUGUUGGCUCAAACUAACGAGUUUUAUAUGCUAGCUAAGCUUGAAUUUUCACACGAGAAAGUUUGUGGCGCAGUCACAGGGUGCUAGUCUAUCAGACAGCAAUUUUUGAAGGCGGUCACUCAGCGCUAUCCCAUUUAUUUAAGGCUGUCAUUAUAGGACAUCAGAAAGGGCUGGAAGGUUAUUGCUUGUUUUGGGUUAAACUGACCUACCAGUCACGAAUUACCUUUGAUUAUAAAAAGACAGUGUUGCUUCUA